UCUUGGAGUUCAAAAGUCAAAAUUUAUGCUCUCAAAAUUAACUCAAUUUUCACUCCGCACCGGAGUUUGUAUCAGAUGAAUAUGAAUGAACGACAAGGUCUCACUUUAUUUUGUUGGACGGUAAUGGAGGAACAGCUUACAGAACCCACGUUGCAAUCAAAACAAGUUCCUUACAGAACUGCAUGAGCUUCAAUGGCCAUAUCAUUAAGCACCAUCACCUUAUCCUCCACCUGCUUCGAGCAUGCUCCAAGGCUCCUUCCUUCAAAACCACAAAACCCCUUCAUGCUCUCACAAUUACAAUGGGUCCUGUUCCAAACCAGGCCAUAUUUGUGCAUAAUAAUCUCAUGUUCCAGUAUUCUUCUAUUGGGAUGUUAUUGGUGGCACGUGAUGUGUUCGACGAAAUGCCUUGCCGAAAUGUUGUAUCUUAUAACACGAUGAUUAGUGGGUAUAGCCGACUUGGUUUUGUGAAGGAAGCAUGGGAUUUGUUUUCGGAGAUGAGAGAUUGUGGUUUUGAACCGACCCAAUUCACAUUUGGUGGGUUAUUGUCGGUAGAGUUGUUGGAUGUUUGGCAGGGUGCUCAGUUGCAGGGGUUAUCCGUUAAAAAUGGAUUGUUUCAUUCUGGUGCUGUUGUGGGAACGACCUUGUUGGGGCUGUAUGGCAGGGAUGGAUGCUUUAAGGAAGCUCUACGGGUUUUUGAAGAUAUGUCUUGGAAAAGUUUAGUGACAUGGAAUUCGUUAUUGUCACUACUUGGUCGUAACCAACUUGUGGACGAAUGUAAGUUUAUGUUUUGUGAGCUUAUGUGUGGAGGGAUAGAACUGUCCAAGUUCUCUUUUGUGGGUGUUUUGUCUUGUUUUUCACGGGAAGAAGACUUGAAAUUUGGGCAAUUGUUACAUGGAAUUGUGAUUAAAAUUGGGUUUUAUUAUGAAGUUUUUGUUGUAAAUUCUCUGGUGAAUAUGUAUUUACAAUGUGGAGGCUUUUUCUUAGCUGACAAACUGUUUGAAGAGGUGCCUGUGCGGGAUGUUGUGACAUAUAAUUCAAUCAUUGGCGUGGGGGCAAAAGUCAAUAGACCUGAAAUAGCAUUAGAACUCUUUUAUACUAUGGUAUCAAAUGGACUAAUUCCUACUCAGGCAUCAUUUGUAAACGCUGUCAACUCUUGUAGUUGUCUUGAAAGUUCAAUUUAUGGGGAAUAUUUUCAUUCAAAGGCAAUUUGUUAUGCUCUGGAAUCUGAUGUAUUUGUGGGUACUGCUUUGAUUGACUUCUACGCUACGUUCAGAAAAUUGGAGGAAGCCCGUCACUGCUUUGAUGAGAUAGCUGAGAAAAAUUUGGUUUCUUGGAACGCUUUGAUUUCGGGUUACUCAAUCGAUUGCUACACUUCCUCGAUGUAUUUACUGAUAGAAAUGCUCCGUUUUGGUAAUCGACCGAAUGAAUUUACAUUUUCGGCCAUUAUGAAGACACUAUUAGCUUCAGAGUUAGCUCAGAUUCAUUGUUUGAUUAUAAGAAUGGGCUACGAGGAAAAUGAUUAUGUAUCAAGCUCUCUUGCUUCUUCCUAUGCCAAACAUGGUCUCAUAUCUGAUGUCCUGGCUUACAUCUCUGAUUCUAACAAACAGCCUUCUGUUGUGCUUUCUAACAUAGUUGCUGGAUAUUAUAAUAGAGUUGGUCUAUACGAUGAGACACAGAAAUUGCUUUGUCCACUUGAAGAACCUGACGUUAUAUCUUGGAAUAUUUUGAUUGAAGCUUGUGCCAAAAUGGAUAAUUAUUUCAAAGUUCUAGAACUUUUUAAAUGCAUGCUUGUACUCCAAAUCUACCCAGACAAUUAUACAUUCAUCUCCCUUCUGAGUGUUUGUGCUAAACUGUCCAACCUUGCUCUGGGCAGUUCAGUUCAUGGCGUUAUAAUAAAGACUGGUUUAGGUUGUUGUGAUACAUUCGUGUGUAAUCUGCUAAUUGACAUGUAUGGAAAAUGUGGAAGCAUUGAAUGUGCUUUAAAAAUAUUUGACAAAGUGAAAGGUAGAAACUUAAUCACAUGGACGGUUCUAAUCUCUGUCCUUGGAUUACAUGGCCAUACUUAUGAGGCGUUAAAAAGGUUUGCAGAAAUGGAGUUUUUAGGUCUUAAACCUGAUGGAGUAGCUCUCGGUGCAGUGCUUACAGCUUGCAAGCACGGUGGGCUUGUUAAAGAAGGAAUGGAGUUGUUUAGUAAGAUGAAAGUGAAAUAUGGGGUUGAACCAGAAAUGGAUCAUUAUCAAUGUGUGGUUGACUUGCUUUCUUCACAUGGACAUGUUGUGGAAGCAGAGAAGGUGAUUGCCUCCAUGCCUUUUCCCCCGGAUGCUCUUCUAUGGCGUACUUUCCUGGAAGGCUGCAAAAGACAAAGGACCUUAUAAGAACAUACAAGUGGCGUAGUUUAUCCACUCGAGGGACUGGCAUUGUAUCUUUGAAUAUUUUGUGGUAGUUUCGGGGAGACUACAACAAUGUGGUUUGCAGUUAUAUACUAGAGGCAAAACUGUUGUUUAAUCUGCAUCUGAAGGUUUGGAGUUAACCGCCACAUCGGUAAUUUUUCCUUCACAUGACGUAGUACUAAUGAUUAUCAACUUGCCUCACAAUGCUUUAACUUUCAUAAAAUCAAGCAAUGGUCCGCGGUUUGGCCUCCAGUCCUGUACUAUGAGGACCUUAGCACUAGAACAAAAUAUAGCGAUAAAACCUUCAGAUUUAGCAUUUCUGGAAACUGAUAUUAAAUGCAGGAAAAAUGUGCGCUGGUUUGAAAUUUGUAUUUCCUUUCUCUCAAGUGCAAAGGUAGAAGGAAGCUUGACUGCAAGACCCACCCAUCAAUUAAGCAUGCAUUAAAAUUUCUCCCCUUUCCUUAGCUACCAACCACCAUACUUCUCCUUGUUCCCCUUCAUCGCCGAAAUGACAGUUUCCAACUCUCUUCCAUGUGUGAUAUCGUGCUUGGAGGUGCAGAAAUGGAAGAUGAAGCGAAGUCGGAUUUUUGUCCCAUUUUGGGGACGAGGGCUCCAGUUUCUCGCUGAAAAGGGAAUUGAUUACGAAUAGGUUGAGGAGGAUUUGAGCAACAAGAGUCCUCUGCUUCUUGCUGAUAAACAUUGUUCACAUAAAAGGCCCUUAUUCUCAUCCACAAUGGAAAAUCCUUUGAAUAAAUUUUUUUAUUAUUUGUUGAGCUUAUGAAUGAAGUGUGGAAGAACGAUGUACCUCUAUUUUCAUUUAAUCCUACGAGAUGGCCCAAGCAAGGUUCUAGGUGCAUUUAUUUGAUGGAAAGUCUAGUGUCCUAGUAUCUUCUUUACCCUCUCUCCUAUUUUUGGGUGCUUAACGUGUAUUUGACGAUUUGCUUCAGCUGAACCCAUUUUUAGAUUUUGGAAAAAUUGCAGCUGCAUAAUGCUGGGUGAAAGAUAUGGACAACUUGUGGAGGCAAGAAACCAACAAGAAAGGAAUUUGUGAGUUUUGAAGCAAUUGUUUGAAGCAAUUGGAAGAGUUUUUUUCGGAGAGAGUCUUACUUUUGAGGGGAACAUGAUGAUAAAGAUGACACCAGAAGUAAAGAGUUGUUAAUUUACUUUUCAGACACCCGCCAAGAUCCACAUGACAUCACUUCUUUCAAAUUUUCAGGUGUUCUGUCCUUCCUCGUCUCCUUUCCUCUGGCUCAUGAGCUAAUUAAUGUUCAAGUUCAGUUACAGGGGUUUUGUUUUCGGCUAGCUUUACUAUUAUCAAAGCUUCUUUCUUAGAACUCAAGCAUACAGUUACACAACCUAUAGAACAGAUCCUGUUCACAAGUAAGGUCGUGUUAUCGAAGCUUCUCUCAUUUUCCAACUUUUAUGGGUCUUUACAAACUAGAGCACUCUAUGAACUCUUUGUUUAAGUAGGCUCUGCUUGUUCUUGUGUUAUCCCGCUUUAUUUUCUUGUGUUCUGUUAAUUUACCCUUACCUUAUUUGGAAAACGUUGUCUUGGGGGUUUUUCCAAUGGAGAUUUGAUCCCUGUUUUGCCUUAUAUGCCUUGAGAAAUCUCCCAAAUGGAUCUAGCACUCUGUUUUUCUCUACUUGGGUUUAUUGUUGCCUACUUUCUUAAAACAAGAUCGUUUCUUGUUUAAAUAUAUUUUCUUUCAAUUAGUCUAUCUA